AUGACUCCCUCACAGAGAGCACGGUAUGGAUGCGAAGCGGCGCGCAACGCUAAAUGGAGAACGGCAGCUCCCCCUAAUAUCCCCUUGUUGAAGCGUGCUGGUGGGAUACCCCAGCCCUGGCCCAUCCACCCCCACCCUACGGGACAGGUCCACAGGUCCCACUUAUUACCUCCUCCUCCUCCUCCUCCUCACCUGCCUUUUUUCCACACCCGCCAUGCAGAAGAGAGCGCCGAGCGGCCCCAUCUGGUCACCAUCGUCCGCCCCUGUGGUCAGAGUACAUUGAGGAAGGUAACAGUGCUGUUGAACCGUAGGGGUGUGGUGUCCUUCGAGCAGCUGCUAUUGGAUAUCUCAGAGGCACUGGGGUUUCCUCGCUGGCACAGAUCCAGAGUCACACGGCUGUACACGACCCACGCACGAGAGGUGAAAGGUGUAUGCGACUUCUUCCGAGGCGAGGUGGCCUUCCUGGCACUGGGUAAGGCUCGUCCAGAGCUGAGCACUGUGCAGGAGGCUCUGGAGGAGCUGUUUCCACAACAUUCCCAUUACCGGGCUGGUGCACUGCGGGCCUGGGAGAAAAGACUUAGUCCAGCACCAGACAAAGCUGCUAAGGCUGACAGUGGCUACAGUGAGGGGGGAGACAGCAGUGAGACUAACCAAGAGACAAACCUGGACACAACUACUCAUGUAAAAAAUCACACUGCUAAACACACACCUCACCACAUAGACACACACAAACCUGAAAAUCAUAACUCGGAUGUUCACAAGUCUCAUAAAAAGAGUUCUUGCAGAAAAGCGGUUUACCCUCCGAACCACCUGCAGAGACUACAUGUGAAGGGCGGGGUCAGAGAGCGACAGCCUUCUAUCAUUGGUCCAUUUAAACAUGAGGAGGGUCUUAGAGAGGCAGAAAUAAACUCUGCUACGCUGUGUGAAAACUGCUUAGCAAUAAGAGCUAAACAUCAGGGUCCAGAACGGGUCAAUCCCCUAACAGGGAGGGUCCCACUUCCUCCUGUGUCGAGAAAACAGAAAGGUAGUUCUUAUGAACAAGAGGUGAGGAAGCUGGAUGCGCCUCUCAGCCCUCCACCUUCUCAGCCAGUCAGCAGGAAUGAAGAGAAGAGCCUUGCUCAGAUACAACUUUUAAAACCACUUCCAGACGUUGGUCCAGCACAGAAAGACAUACAGCAUAGGACAAUCUUUGACCUUCCUUCAGAUGGCAGAGAUGUCACUCUGUCGGAAAUUGAGCGUUGCUAUGAAAUAGGACGUGUGGUUGGAGAUGGGAACUUUGCAGUGGUGCGAGAAUGCUGCCGUCGUGACAACAGACAAACCCUUGCUGUGAAGAUAGUCGAGCGCUCCAAGCUGAUUGGCCGAGAGCACAUGAUGCAGAACGAGCUGAGCCUUCUGGGUAGCCUGUGUCACCCUCGCAUAGUGCGGCUGUUUGCGCACCACCACACGCACUCUCACUCCUACCUGGUGAUGGAGCUGGUGAGCGGCGGGGAUCUGUUUGAGGCCAUCAGUGAGAGGGGGAAAUUUUCAGAGGCAGAGGCGGGACUGAUGGUGUCGGACGUGAGUGAAGCACUGAAUUAUAUGCACUGCAAGAGCAUUGUCCACCGAGACCUCAAACCAGAGAACCUGCUGAUAGAGCGUGUGGCAGCUGACAUCUGUAGGCUGAAGCUGGGAGACUUUGGUCUUGCCAUGGUUGUGACUGAACCAGUCUUUACCAUAUGUGGCACACCCACAUAUGUAGCCCCAGAGAUUCUUUGUGAGACAGGUUAUGGUGUAGCAGUGGAUGUGUGGGCUCUGGGGGUUAUUCUCUACAUCCUGCUGUGUGGCUUCCCCCCGUUCCGCAGUCGGGAUCGAGACCAGGAAGAGUUGUUCCAGUUAAUAAAACAGGGACAACUCCACUUCCUGUCCCCCUACUGGGACCCCAUCUCAGAGGAAGCCAGAGGCCUUGUCAGAUCUCUGCUUCAGCCAGAUCCCACAGUGAGGCUGACAGCAGAGCAGACCCUGCUGCACCCCUGGGUGAAGGCUAUGGCUUCAAUUUGCAGGCAGAGGACGCUCACAGACAAAGCUCAGAGGAGCACAGCGGACACUGGAGCAGAACGAGAGAGAGUUCAGACACCAGCUCAGACCAAUGCAGCAGAAACAAUGACAGACAAAAGACCAGGACACACCAGCAGCGAGGGACAAAUCGCACACAAAGAGCUCAGCAGAACUGAUGAGAGACAGGCUGAGAUGAAGAAAGACGGAGAGCGAUAUGAGGACAAACCACCACAGCAACAAUCAAAGGAGACAAGUCCAGUUCACAACAUAUCUACACAGAUGAAAGUGCACACAACGUCAGAGGACACACCUGGUCAACAAAAACCAGAGUGCACCUCUCCAGACUGCGGCUCACCCAGCAGGGAGCCCAGCAGACAGGAAAUACAGGAUCUAGGUCCCAAGGUGUCAAAUGCAGACUGCGAGCUCAAUCAACUUGGUGCCACCGCAGCCCAAACUGAACCUCCAUCCCAGAUUAAGACACUGUCAAAACAAAAGAGCCAACAGCAGUCACCUCCAGAAUCACCGCCUUCAACCAAUACAGCUGAACAAACCACAGCAGGUCACUCAACGCAACACCCCCCAUCCUCCAACCCAGCAGCUUCUUCACCUCACUCUCCAUCAGCAGAACCGUGA